CGUAUCUCAACUCCGAUUCAGGCAUUAAGAACGGAUGAACACAUGACCUUGACCACAUCUCUAUCAAAUACGCAGCGGAUUCUAUAACACAAACCAAAACCAUCCAGUAAAGUCUCACGAUUUCUCAUAUCUUGCCAUGGGUCAAACAGAGUCGACCGUGUCCCCGUACAUUCUCCCCACAUCGCGAGGAAGUCUACGGGGUGUCGAAUACAAAGAUAAUAAAACCGGCCACGCCGUUUAUCGUCGCUUCGCAGGAAUCCCCUUCGCUCAGCCUCCAGUUGGACAACUGCGUUGGCGACGGCCUCAGCCUCUGCCUUCUGACUAUUCAUUUACCUCAUCAGACGGAUCGCCGGGCAACUUCUCCGAAUUCAACGCGAUAUGCCCGCAGCCGAUCUACAAUCACAGCACCGCCAGGCUGGAAAACCCCGGUGCGGCAACGCCUAUUGAGAAUGCGCAGAGCGAGGAUUGUCUCUACCUCAACGUCUGGAUCCCGGCCGGCACGCCACCAACUGGGGGAUGGCCAGUCCAGUUUCACAUCCAUGGUGGUUGGCUGCAAGUGGGAAAUGCGAACCAGUCGCACGAUCACGAUCCCUUUGAUCUGUACCAGCAUGUAAAAGGUCGAAUCAUCGUUGCGCCUACCUACCGACUGAAUCUAUUUGGUUUCUUGGCUGGCAAAGAGCUAGCAUCCUUGGCGGAGGACCCCUCGGUAUCGAACUACGGUCUCUGGGAUCAGCGUGCCGCGUUGGAAUGGACUGCACAAAACAUCGCUUUGUUUGGCGGGAACCCAGACAACAUCACUGUCGGCGGCCUGUCCGCAGGCGCAAAUUCGGCUUUCUAUCAGUUGCACUACGACACCCACCUGCCGCCCGAGAAGCGUCUGAUCAAGCGGCUGUACCUCUGGUCAAAUGCGGUAGCCAUCCAGCCAGACACCACCGAUGGGCCAGCUCUAACAGCACAGUUCAAUGAGGUCUGCUCCAUUUUCAACGUCCCGGAAACCACCACCACCACGUCAGAUAAGCUAGAAGUCCUCCGCGCCAUCAGCUGCCAAGACCUGAUCGCAGGAAUCAGCAAGCUCAAAAUGCACACCUUCCGCACCAACACCGACGGUGUCUUCGUUCCCGCCGACUUCCUCUCGUCUCUCACAUCCGGUGCCUUCGCAACAAAGCUAGCCGAGAACGGAACGUCCAUAUUGCUGGGCGAAGUAGCCGACGAAGCGCUGCCUCGGCACGUGGUAGAAGCCAUGUUGUCCAAGUACGACAUCCCCGACGAUAGGGAUGGGGACGCAGACAAGUGGGCGACUGUGUUCAGUCAAAUGGUAGCCGAUGGGCAGGUGCACGCAUCGAUCCGGGGGCUGACUAGAUUUCUGCUUAACCCGCCUUCUGGGGAGGGAGUCAAGCCGUUGCCGAGGGGGGAGUUAUUCAGAUAUCGGAUUGCGUGGAGGGCGAAGGGGCUGGAUGCGUGGAUUGAUCCGAAGAUGGGGGUUUGUCAUGCUGCUGAUACGCCGAUUUGGUGGGGGAGUGGGUGGCGGGCUGGGUAUACGGAGGGGGAUGGGAAGAUAGUUAUGACGAUACUUGAGCCGUUUGAUCGGUUCCUGGCUGGGGAGACGGUGGGUUGGGCAGAGGGGCAUGAGUCAGCGGGACCUGAAGUGGUUAAGUUCGUUGAUGCGGAUGGGGUGGUUCAUGAUAACCAUGUUGAUGAGCUUUGGGAGAGGGGAUUGGAGGUAUUCGAUGCCAUGGUCGCGGGGGGGAAGGAGACGGUAUGAUUCAACGUCGAAUGGAGCUGGGGUAACGGAGACUACUAUGUGACGACUGAUAAGGUUUCAACCUGGAACUUCUAGUCGAUUAAUAACGAAAUUGACCCGAAGCGACUCAAUCUCGAAUGUUGUUAGCUGUCAUUCUGCUGAUACCGGCAGCGAACCUGCACCGUUGCAGGGGGUUACUUCUGGCGGAAGGUGACUUUGGAAACAUCCCGAAGACGUAACGAUGAUUCCAUACAAUUUAAAAGGACAAAACAUCAAGGUCACCA